CAGAUGUAUAAAACAAGGGAACAGCAGAAAAAAUGCUGAAGAAACGCAUAAUAUGCACCACCAAUCCAUUUUCCACGAAAUUAUCAUUAUUUUGAUAAACAUGAUUAAAACCACGGACAUGCCCACAGUACUAAGGGGACACGUGUCCCUCGCGCAGCCUCAUUCCCCUCCGCUUGCUCGUUUCCAUGGAAACGUGAAACACACGGCAGAGCCCGCGUAGGAGACGUGUUAAAGAUGCAGCGGCUGCUUUAGUUGCCAGUUUGAUGCACCGCGCGCGCAAACGCAGAUUCAUUCCUUCGGCGGACACGUCCAUAAUUAAAAUGGCAGCCCAGUGCCAAGAAGCCACCCUGCAACAGGUAGAGCAGCUGUGGGCCAUGCUGGAUGACAUGUUGCAGAGCGACCCAGAGAGCUACCGUACCUUCAUCCAGCACCAGCUGAAGGAGGGAGCGGAUCUCUACUCACCUCCUCAACCAAACUACUGCCUGCGGACUAGGAUACUGGAACCGGAGGAGGGGUGGCUGUACAUUAAUGUGUGUGGCUGGAGGCGGGUCCCUCCACCACAGUCUCCAUCACACCCAGUCCCUUUGUUUGGAGGAAGGCUAGAGACUGUCACUGAAGGCCAGGAUACAUACCACGUGCUGGAUGUCGCCUUCAACCCUGAGGUUAUACACGAAGCAGUGGAGGAUGGAGAGGAUGGUCAGCUUCCCCAGCUGGCUCUGAGUUAUGCCCAGCAGCAGCACAAAUUACGUUUGUCCGAGCACUACACACUUGACAGUGCCAGCCUGAAGGGCAGCUUGAAAAGCUUAUGGCACCGCCUGACCUUCCUUCAGAAGCCCACUGACCCAGAAGGAUCUUUACCACACGGCCACUCUCCAGGUCCUACCCUCCUCCAGCAGAUCUCAACCCUGCGAGGAAGGCAGACGGAGAACGGCGAUGACUUUGCUGUAGCCCUGACAGCCCAACAACAGGACAGGCUGAAGGGAAAAGCUCUGAUUCAAGUUAUCUCCAGCACGGAGACUACACAGCCUCGACAGCCGGACCAUGAGCUCACCCUAGUGGCUGGUCCAGAUGGGUCACCAAUGCGUGUUCACUUGACCGUACACCUACCUGGUGUUCACUCUGUAUCUGAGUGCCAGCUCAGUAUUUCCCAGGAUGACGUUGUGGUGGAGGUAGAGGACCUGUAUCACUUUCACUUACCUCUCCCAGUGGUGGUGAAGGAGGAAGAAGCCACUGCCAUUUUCAAGAAGAAGAAACAGACGUUGUUUGUGUCUAUGCCUGUGCUGUGAUCACUCUGCUGGCUCUGUGCAGAGUAGCCUCCACCAGCAAUGACACCCUUCUCUGCUCCUUUCCUCUUUCCUCUUGUUGGCAAAUGCUACAGAAUAAUCACUAAGAGUAAAGGAAAAAAAAAAGAAGUGACUCUGUAGUAUUUUAUUAUAAUUCAC